AUGAUGUUUGAUCCUCCUGAUUACCCGUACAAAGAGUUAUCGGAAACUUAUGAUCCAGACGAUUUAAUUUUCUCCACCGACGCAGACCCCAACGGAACCUUGACCAAUGAUAAUAAAAAUCCACCAGAUAUUACUGGUAUAAUGAAUACUGUAGAAAACCAAUUAUCGUUCCAUUCAAACGAUUCUGGAAGAUUUUUCAAUGUAGAUAAUACUACUUUAUUCCAAGAAAAUAACCCGAAUCUUGAACUACAAAACACGGAAUUGUAUAUUGUGCAGUCAGAUAAUUUGUUUAACUACGAACCCACUUUGCUUGAUGAGAAUACUGUUAAUCAAUUCUUACUGCCUCUUCAGGAUUCUUCAGGGAAGACGCAGGUUCACUUGAAUUCUAGCUAUAAUUCUGUAGACCAUGUGUAUAAAUACUUACCUAUUUGUAUUUUCCAGACUAGUGAAAGCACCGGGCCUGACCUGCUUGCGCUGCAUUCUUGUGUGAUUUGUCAUGAGAUAUUUACAACAGAAGCUGAUCUGCUAGACCACACAAUAUCGCUCCACACAUCGGAUAGUUCCAUAGACCAGCCUCAGACUACUUUAUUGCCGGCCAGUGUCAAUGACAAAGAACCCACCCACAGUAAUGAAAACUUUGAGUCCGAGUGGCUCGUGUGCCGAAUGUGUGAACGUGUGUUAUCAACGGCUCUGGAAGUUGAACCCACAGAACAACUAUGCUGCAUCGCAUCAGACGGCAAGAGUGGCGUCACAUAUCGCAAACUGAACACAAUGUACGUGUGCGACUUUUGUAACGGACUGUUCGCUGACGGGGAUGCCUUAGACAGGCACCGCUUGACCUGCUUCAUAGAAGACCAGAACAGUUAUUAUGAGGAUGGAAACGGCAGCUGCGACUUAGAUACUAACAUAUCUCAAGGUCCUGAAGUAUGUUACGCUUGUGACAUCUGUGGGAAGCAGUAUGCAUCUGCUGAAGAGUUGAAGAUGCACUCCUUGGAGCACCACCGUCCUCCGCCCGCCAGAAACAAUCGACGGUCGUACACAAAUGGCGGGAAUAGCAAAAUGUGGAACUGUGGCUCUUGUAACCAACUGUUCGCUACAGCUAGGGAGCUGUACCGCCACAAGCGAGGCGAGGACCGACCCCCGGGCGCUCCGCUGAUGGCCUACGUAUGCGAGGAAUGUGACAAAGUGCUGGGCAGCAUGUGUGCGCUGCACACGCACAAGAAAAUGCACAAAGUUACUAAGCCAGGUUACCCUUGUCGGGUGUGCGGGCGCCGCUUCAACCAGUCUGGUCACCUGGCCAUCCACAUGCGGAUGCAUACCGGAGAGCGACCCUACCCCUGUGAUUUAUGUCCUAAGGCCUUCAAAGUUAAGGUGGAGCGCGACGACCAUCGCAGGACCCACACGGGCGAGAAGCCCUUCGCGUGCUCGGCUUGCCCCAAGACGUUCACUGCCGCCGCACGCUUGCGUGAGCACGCACGCAUCCACACAGACCAAAGGCCGUAUCGUUGCGACAUUUGUGGAGCAGCAUUCAGAAGACCGUACGCUCGCACCGUGCACACGCUGAUACACACUGGAGAGAAACCUCACGAGUGUGACAUCUGUGGAACUGCUUUCAGACGGUCCGGCGACAUGUGGAAACAUAAGCGAACUCUCCACGGGGUCCAAGCUAUCACUGACACAGAACUCAAGAAGUGAUUCUUAUGAGAAAAACAAAAAAGUUGAACGGCCUUUGUAUUCGCAGUUCCAAAUAUUGUGGAUAGAUGGCGCUAGUAGGGUGUACCUGUUGAGAUGUGCGCAGAGACAUGCAUGCAAUAAUAGUGUUUUUAUUUAAGUUUAAUAUAUAAUUUCAUACAAACUAA